AUGCAAGAAUAUUUGAAGCUGACAGUACAAUAUGAUUCAGAUGAUUCAGAUAAUGAUACUAAUUUUGAGACUGGAAUUUUUGUUAACACAUCAAUACCUGUGUUUUUGGUGGGUUUCAACAUUGGUUCACGGGAGGCUGCUCAAUUGGUUGCGUUGGAUACUGGAAUCUCAUUAGCUUCACAACUGGAUAGUAGUGAGUUCUCAUAUUGUAUUGAAAAUUUAAACGAUCCAUUUGAUGAAAAAAAUAUACUGAUCAUAGGGAUAAAGUCCGGAGGAGUUGAAAACUCAACUCCUCUUAUUAUUAGGGAGUUCCAUUACUACGUAAAUCUUGAAGGCAUUAGCUUUGGGGGUAGGAUACUCGGCACUGACAAAAAGGAUUUGAGCAUGGAUAAUUUUAAAAGUGGUAGGGGUGCAAUUAUUGAUUCAGGUUCAAGUUUGAGUUUCCUUCAAGAUAUUGAAUACGAGAAACUUGAACAGAGAAUGGUGUCGAUCACAGUCUUCUUGGCGUAG